CGAACAACUUAUAAAACAAGUAAGACUAAUUUUGUUGAGUGCCAACUGAGCAUGUACAGAAAGGACUAGGUGGAUGCCUUACAACGUAAGGUAAAGGAACUAGAGUCCGAUAUUGUCUAUUUUCGAGGUGAAUAUUAACGAAUUUGGCUUUGCAAGGGGAAAUGGUGUUACUGGGCAAAGGGGUGUUACUUGCGUUGUAGUGUUCACUUAGAUGGCCAACCUUGUUCUGAGCAACUCUUGCAAAAAAGAAACUGAAAUUGGAAAUGGUGAUAUUUGGAGAUGGAACAGAAGGAGAGCAGCCAGUGACUUUGUUUUGGUAGAAGGUACCAACUCGUUGGACGCUGCUCCAGGUAUUUCCGGCAGUCGAUUCAAGACAAGAAGAGCAAGUAUUUCAGAGUCCACGUCAGCGAAUAAUGUUUGUGUCAACGUUGGUCAUAAAAAUAAGAAGUCUUUGCCCCUAGUUUCCUACAAGAAGUUUGAGCUGCCAUAUUAUGCCCCACGGACUUCCUCACCGAAAAGCCUUUUUGAACAAGUUGGUUUAAUAAGGCGAAGUGCAAAAGUAUGCCAAAAAUAUUUUUCAAAGCUCUUUGGACAUACUCAAGAGAAGAACAAGCUGGAGAGUUCCUUUGUAGGCCCUCAGUGUUGUGAGCAAGACCAAUAUCGGGCUUCUAGUGAGGCCUCAUCGCAAAAUAAUCGUCUUAAGUUAGAUAGCAGUUCACAAACGAGUACUUGGUCGUUUUGUGCUCAACAAAAUUUUCCUUCACCCGAGUCAUUUCAGGUAGUAGGUGUCAAUGAAACGAAACGUACACCGGAGCAAAGAAGUCCCGUGACUGAUAUUGCAGAAAGAUCAGAGUCCCAAUAUCAAUCAAACAACGUGUGUUAUGGGUUGGAUCGGUUUCUAAGAAUUCUUUCAGGAAUUGCUGGUGAAGAAAUUACAACACAAGUGGUUGUUAGAGUUGGCGUCGAGAGCGUGCUUUCGAUGCUUCCUCUUAUUGUUUGGUUUCUCGUUUUUAAUUUCUAUCCUCGUUUAUCUCUUUCCUGGCGUCCUUCUAUCAAUACCAAUCUGCUUCCUAAACUGGAGGGUCUUUUACACUUUCCAUAUCGUUGGUUUGCCACGAGGUCCAGUAAAGCGGCAGAUUUUGUAGCAGCGGUUCCUUACACAAUACACGCAGUUCUGCCUGGCUUAUUUUUUUUAUAUCUUCUUUUGACUGACGGCCGGAAGGAAGCAUUUUGUUUUUUUGCAUCUUUGGGAGUACUAAAUACUUCAGCCGUCUUGACGCAAAUUCUUUUUCCUUUUGCACCUCCUUGGUACUUUGAGUUGAAUGGACUAGCAAAGGCAGAACACUGGAUGAGUGGGAAUCCUGGAGCUGCCUUGGCACGAGUUGAUAAGCUUUUCGGUAUUGUAUUUUAUCAGGAAACUUAUACUACUCAAAAUAGAAUACCAUUUGGUUCUUUUCCAAGUCUUCACGCUGCAUGGCCAUCACUUGUAGCAUUUUGUUUUCCUACGCGUGGUUCUCAUCUGUUCAAAGUUUUGGCGACUUGCUAUGUUUGUUUGAUAUAUUGGGCAGCUAUGUAUCUACAACAUCAUUAUGUCAUCGAUCUGUUAGGAGGUACACUUUAUGCCUAUUUGACAUAUCGAAUGGUUUUUGCUAGAAAAUUGGAUAUUCCAAGUUUAUUUUUCAAGACCCAAUCAAAUGACUUGACGGAGAAGGACUUGACCUAUUCCUCUGGAAAGAGACCACCUUUGCAGCCAGCUUAUAGCAGGAACGUGGUAUCCUCAACUAGUCAGGAUUCGUUGACUAACCAGAGAAAGUCUACCCAUCACUUGGGACACUAUUCUUAGUUCAAAGUUUUUCGAUACUCCUACAACUGUUUAUUUUUCGUUAAUAUAAAAUUUGAAAUGUUUACUACUUUAUUUCUUGUUUCUUUCAAUUUAUUUUCUUUGGAUAUUUGUAAGAUAAAAAGAAAUAUAAAGAGUCUUAAGAACUU